AAUCAAUGCGCGUGUCACUCACAACAACACUGAAAGAACCACGCGCACCACCGCAGCCAGCGCGCGCCACACACACACACACACACACACACACACACACACACACACACACACACACACACACACACACACACACACACAAUAGACACAGAGAGAACAAUAGCCGCGCGCUGCUCUUUAUUCCCAAUAUGUGGUUCAUUUUAAUGCGGUGAUCUGCGGGUCUAGUUGCCGCGGAGGGUUACAGCCGUGGGUUGAUGUUUUAAAACACUGCGCUUCAGUUUAAAAUGAGCCAUUUUAGGUGUUUUGAAGGCGAAGCACCCCGGGAAGAAGAGAGGAAGACCACGUUGUAACGUGCGGAGAGAGGGAGAGAGAGGUGGACUCACACAGAGAGAGAGAGAGAGAGAGAGAGAGAGAGAGAGAGAGAGAGAGAGAGAGAGAGAGAGAAAAAGGGGGAGUGAAUGGGCACGACUCAGUCAGCAGCACUGCGCCCUUCACUUUAUCGAUAUUAUCGAUCAGUUUGGAGACAUUUAGACCCACAGCGGGUCCGUUACAGGCAUAUGCUAGCCCGGGAGCUAGCAAGAGCACCGGAGGCUACUGCGAUGGAACGCGUGUGAAGAAGCCCGGGAGCAACGGCAGCCUGGCGGACAGAGAAACAAGGAAGCGGACGGUUAGCUGCGCUACACCACCGAAGCUAACGUUGGCUAACAGUUGGCUAAUAUUAUUUCUAAUGAGCGACCAAGGAGUAUGCGACCUGAUACGAAGAGCUGACUUGUUCGGGGAUGUCGGGCAGUAAGGCGCUGGGCGGUGGGGCUGGCGGGGGGGCGCGGCGCAGGCGGACGCGGUGCCGGCGCUGCCAGGCCUGCAAGAGGACCGAGUGUGGAGAGUGUCACUUCUGCAAAGACAUGAAGAAGUUCGGAGGGCCCGGCCGCAUGAAGCAGUCCUGUCUGCUGAGGCAGUGCACGGCGCCGGUGCUGCCUCACACGGCGGUGUGCUUUGCGUGCGGCGAGGCGGGGAAGGAGGACACGGUGGACUCUGAGGAGGAGAAGUUCAGCCUCUCUCUGAUGGAGUGCACCAUCUGCAACGAGAUCAUCCACCCCAGCUGUCUCAAGAUGGGUAAAGCUGAAGGAAUCAUCAACGAUGAGAUCCCAAACUGCUGGGAGUGUCCCAAGUGCCACAAGGAGGGCAAAACCAGUAAGGACCAGGCCGACGGCUCGGGGAAGCGCCGGCUGGAUAACGGCGAGGUCGGCCGCUGGAAGCUCACAGACGACCCUCCCCCUAAAAAGAAAGCCCCUCCCUCCCUGGAGGAGGGGGGGAGGACGACGACGGAGGGGGGGCACAAGAGGAAGAAGGAGAAGGAGCUGCCGCAGGACAGCGGGCCCAAGAAGAAGAUGAAGGGCGCCCACGAAAAACGCCUCAAAAAGAAACCCAAACCGGAGGCGGAGUCCAAUGGUCCCAUCUCGUCAGCUGGAGGCGGAGCAGCAGGACUGCAGGGCUCCUCCUCUUCCUCCUCUUCUCAACCCAGCGGGGGAGGAGGAGGAGGAGGGGGGGGGGCUGUGGGGGGGACGUCGAGCGCAGACCAGCGCUCGCAUCACCGAGAGAAACUAGAGCGCUUCAAGAGGAUGUGUCUGCUGGAGCGCCGGCCCGAGUCGUCGUCGUCUUCUUCCUCCAGCUCCGAGUCUGACUCCGAGUCCGACUCCGACGACUCCCUGAGGGGGGAGCAGGCGGGAGGCGGCUCUUCGCCUUCGUCCUCCUCCCCUGCGCCGCCUCCUCCCGUCGCCUACGGCAACAGCAGUGGGGGGCGGGCCGAACGGGAAAGGAGCCGCAGCGAGCGGGAGAGAGAGAGGGAGCGGGAGCGGCGUCUGGCCGAGCUGGGCUUCAGCGCCAGCGAGGAGUCGGAGGGGGAGGCGGGAGGGAGGGGGGAGGAGGAGGUCCGGGAGGAGGAGCAGGGAGGGGGGGAGAAGGCUCGGCGGAGAGAGGCGGGGCUACCGCCGCGAGGGCGGAAAGCCCCGCCGGACGGAGAGGACGAGGACGCACCCGCCUCCGACAGGACCAGGAAGAACUCCGCCUCCCUCCCCCCACCCUCCCCGCUCUCCUCCAAUCAGAUGCCUCCGUCCUCGCAGCACGACGGCGGCUUCCCGGGGAAGCAGCGCAGCAACGGGCAGGAGGCGCGCAACGGGCGGACACGAGGAGGCGCGGGAGGGGGGAGGGAAGGCGGGGAGAAGGAGAACGCCAGCGGAGUUCUGAGCAAUCACAGACACAGCGGCGGGAACAAAGGCAGUGGUAGCCGCGGCAACAAGAUCCGCAGCAACAGUAAGGCAUCCAGGAACAGCGCUGCACCGCCUUCCGCCUCCCUCCCCACCUCCAACGGGGGAGUAGGCGGCCUCACGAUGUCAGCCAUGGCGGCGUCGCCCUGCUCGCAGCCGUCCCGGCUCACCCCGCGCUCUCAGAUGAUGAAGCGCAGCCCGCCGGCCGUGCCUUCGCCACCCCGCCCCGUUCAGAUGGAGCGCCACCUGGUGCGGCCACCGCCCGCCUGCCCCGAGCCCAGCUGCCUGCCGUUGGACUCUGGCUCAGCCCACAUCAUGACCCGCGACGUCUGGCUGCGAGUCUUCACGCACCUGAGCCAAAGAGAGCUGUGCGUCUGCAUGAGGGUGUGUCGCACCUGGAGCCGCUGGUGUUGUGACAAACGUCUGUGGACGCAGAUCGAUCUGAGCCGGCAGCGCUCCAUCACCCCCCCCAUGCUGAGUGGGAUCAUCCGCCGUCAGCCCGUCUCCCUCAACCUCGGCUACACCAACAUCUCCAAGAAACAGCUGAUGUGGCUCAUCAACCGCUUACAAGGUCUGCUGGAACUGAAUGUGUCUGGCUGUGCCUGGCCGGCGGUCUCGGCUCUGUGUCAGGCCGUCUGUCCCUGUCUGAAGCUGCUGGACCUCAGCAGAGUGGAGGACCUCAAAGACUCUCACCUGAGGGACCUGCUGGCCCCCCCACCAGACACCCGGACAGCUCACGGUGAAACCAGAGUGGGGCGUUUCCAGAACGUGACAGAGCUGCGAUUGGCCGGCCUGGACCUGACGGACGCGUCAUCCCGCCUGCUGGUGCGCUACGUCCCUCACCUGAGUCGCUUAGACCUGAGCCAGUGUGGGAACAUCAGUGACCAGACGGUGCUCACCCUCUCCUCCCCCGUCUCCCCCCUGAGAGAGAGCCUCACACACAUCAACCUGGCAGGUUGUGCUAAGGUGACGGAGCAGUGUGUCUCGUUGCUGCGUCGCUGCUCCUCUCUUCAGACGGUGGACCUGCGCUGCUGCUCCCUGUUGUCCUCGGAGAUGGGACAGCUGCUGUCCUUCCCCCCCCACUCCUCCUCCUCAUCCUCGUCCACCUCCUCCUCGUCCUCUUCCUCGUCUGCCGCCGCCGCCACGCUCGCUGCUGCUGCCUCCUCCUCCUCCUCCUGUCCUGAAGACAGAACGCUGCUAAAGAACAGCUAAAACCCUCCUCAAUGUUUCUGGGCUUCGUGAUUGGUCCAGGCGGCUCCAAGCCCCGCCCCCCAGCCUCCUUACACUACAGACAGAAGAGGAGGAGGAGCCUGAACAUUUCUCCUCUCGUACAGAGAAGAUGAGGAGGAGGAGGAGGAGGAAAAACAUUUUGGGAAAGUUGUGGGUAAUAGUGAAAAAAUAGAAACCCUGAGCAUGUACAUAUUUGUUCUCUGUACAAUUUUGGGUGUGUGUAUAUAUCUGUAGUUUACUGUAAAUGACCCCAAACCCCUUUCACUCCUUCUUCUUCUUCCCCCCCGUCCGUCCUCCUAAGCUACGACCAAUCAUCACGCCCCGCGUCCAUCUGCAGGAAAACUCUAGUGCUGCAACUACCGAAAAUGUGUGGAUUAUGUUCUGAUGAAUGGAUGAGUGGUUCUGUCUCUAGAAUGUGGAUCAGUGCUUCCUAAAGCCCAACACACUCACACUCACACACACACACACACACACUCUCACACACACACACACACACUCACACAGACUUAAUUUAUAGAAUAAAAGUCGGAAUAUUUCAAGGUAAAAGUAUGAACAAAUUUAGAAAAAAGUUGGAAUGUUUUUACCACGGUAUCCAAGUCCCACCCACACAGCGGCCCGACCAAUCAGGAGUCAAUCCCUGCUGUCAGUCAUGAGGUUUCAGCCCAGUUUUUAACGGCAUCAAAGAACUAAUACAACCCAAACUGACAUUACAACCACCUAACGUCCAUGGGACGGGUGAUUGGAUUAUUUAGUUUGGUAGGCGGGGCUUAUGCGCUAUACUGCCACCCUGCCGCCAGGGGGCGGUCCAGAUGUUUUGGCUUCACUUACCCCCCCCUAACCCAGUUACCCAUAACACCCCUCUGUAGAUCCACAGAGACAGACACUGAGUUUAUUCACACUGAACGUAAACCCUAACCACUGACCGUUCCAGUUUGGCACUUUUGCCUGAAACGAUUGAUGGAUGAUGGAAAUAUCUGCCGAUUAAUUUUCUGUCGCUGGAAUAACCCGUCAGUUUGGACGUGAGCAGCCUUCAGAGCGUGACAGUGUUUUCCUGAAGAUAAAUAUAAAUAAUAAAGUUUAGCCAAGUUUAUAGAGAACAAAAAGUAUUGAAAGAGAGAAUCAUCAGACCAGAGUCCAGCCAGAAAAACACCGAUUCUGUUGAGACAAGGCUGCAGUCAGAGACCACUCGUGUGUGUGUGUGUGUGUGUGUGUGUGUGUGUGUGUGUGUGUGUGUGUGUGUGUGUGUGUGUGUGUGUGUGUGUGUGUGUGUGUGUGUGUGUGUGUGUGUGUGUGUGUGUGUGUGUGUGUGUGUGUGUGUGUGUAUAGGUGUGUGUGUGUGUGUGUAUAGGUGUGUGUUUGCGUGUCUCUGAGUGUGUGUCAGACCGACAGCACAGGGUGUAUUUCGAAUCUGAGCCUCAGUGUCUUCAACGUUCGCCUCAUUCAUUCAUCUUCCCCUCUGUCUUUUAAUAUCAGCAUCAUCAUCAUCAUCAUCAUCUAAAUCAUCUUCUCCCUCCUGUCAGUGUUCUUCACCUCUGAUCAGAGUAUUUUGGGAACUUAUUGAUUGUGUUUUCUCAGGAGUAUAAUUUAUUUUCAGUCCAAACACACAUUCCUCCUCCACAACUUUUAAGUUUUGUGACUAUUUUUAUACGCAGUGGUUCAUUGUUAUGUGUUUUUUUGUUUUCUACAUGAUGAACAUUUCUUCUGUGUUUGUUCACAUUGAUGAAUUUGAAUCUGAAAUCUGUGUUUUUGCUACGGGAGCCCAUUUCUGCCACAUUAGAAGAAGUUAGGAAUAGAUUAAAAGUUCUAAAUACUCUCGGCAUCAGGAUUAUUAACACAGAGUCUGUGAACGCAGAGUUUUCUGCAGAUUUUAAACAAAUUUAACAGAUGAAAAUCAAACUAAAAACGUUAACACGUGUCCACCAAAAACAAUUAAUUUGGCAGGUUUUCAUUCUGGAUGUGGACACACACAGACAGACAGACACACAAUCUUGAUUUGUGUCUUAUUGUCUUGGUUUGAUUUUAUAAUCUCGAUAAAUUGGUACUAUCCCAUAAUAUGGAUUUAUCUCAGGAUUUUGAAACACUAGACAGUAAAUCCAAAUUAAGAUUGUGUUGUAAUCUUUAGCAUCAACAUCCUAAUUUAAGUCUCCAGAUCUUGACCUUCUAAAUCAACAUCAACAGUUCAGUUUAAUAAUAUAAACGUCUCCUAACCUUCACUGUCUCAUAAUCUGGAUUUAGUGUUUAAUAAUCCUGUUAAAACUUUCAAAUUAUUAUUUUAUACAUAAUCUUGAGUAUUUUUUAGUACAUUUUUAUUCCUACUUUUUUCAUCUGUUUUUGUUUCUUGUCUUCUUUUGGGUCAAAUAUGCUCCCGUAGUUUUCCGACGGGGCCUAAUUUAAAAAAAAAAAAAAGUCAGUUGACCACAAACUGAAUUUCACGUUUAAAGCAAAAAAGUUACAAAUCAAUGUGAGCUGCUGACGAUUGUGUGACGGAGGAGAAGACUCAUAUCUCUCCAGCUGGGACUGUUUUUAUCUCACUGGCUGCACUGAGGGAGGGGGGGGUGGGGAUGUAAUCAAACAGCCAAUCAGCACGGACUACAGCUACAGUGAAAUCAUUACAGCGUAUGUUUUGUCAGGGUAAAGCUACACAGUGUUGUGUUAGCUACGCGGUGUCGUGUUAGCUUCGAGCGUUAGUCCCGGUUACUGCUGUGUUACCUCUGCUGCUUCUGAAGAACAAAGACGUGAAACUGAAUCUUCGAUCCUUUAAAUUAAGUCGAGAGAGCGAGCGGGAAAAGUGCCGUUGUGGCGGACAAGCUAAAGUUGGCGAGCAAGCUAGCAAAGUUUAGUUAUAGAGCACCUUUUUACAGACACAGUUACUCCCAGUCAAAGACAUAACAUGUAAUAGUCAGUAAAUAAGUCUCUAGAGUCUAAAACUAAAUGCUUGAACAGCAAGAUAAUUAAGAUUUAGUUAGACUGGUUGUAAUCUUAACGUUAGAUCUGUGGAAACUUUGGUAACAACUUUAUUUAUACAGCUUCAUUCUUCACAGAACAAAAGUAACAAACAUAUUUCAAUCCAAACCAUCUUUUUCCUAAACUUAACAAGUUGUUUUGGCGUCUGAACUUAACUUUAUUUUAUACUUUGGCAAAAACAUAGUUUAAUUACUUUUCUAAUUUGAGUUUUUGGGCUAUUUUACUUUCUUUAAGACUAUCUGGAAAAGAAACAUCCAAAAUACAUACAUAGGUGUUUAUAUUACUUCACUGUGUUUAUUUGUGUCUUUAGUUUAACAUUACAUAAAGUCUCACCUGCGUAUUACAACAUAAACAUUCAGAAAACUUAAGUAAUCUAGAAUACGAACCUGUUCGGCACAAACACAGAUUAAUAGUAUUACUGUUUAAUCAGUCACUUAAUCAACAGAUUAAACACAUAUUUUGAUAAUUGAGUACAAGUACGCCAGAAGUUCAGGGUUCAGCUGGGUUAAAUAAUAAACAUUUGUGAGUAAACUGUGAAACCUGGCAACAAACCACACACACACACACACACACACACACACACACACACACACAUUAAGAGAUGGACAUGUAGAGUUUAUUGACAUGCUUUUAUUUUGAAAAGGCAAACAUAUUUGACUGGUAUUGUUGUUAAAGCUAAGCUAAUAUAGCUUUUCUCACUUAGAUUUUUGGUCCACACGAAGCCCUGAAAAGAGUAACUUAGCCAUUAAAUUAAAAAGCGCCAAAAACAUUUUCCUGAAAAGCCACAAAAACAUCGGAAAAAAACUAGGCGGGCCAAAAGCGUGCGGUCCUUGAGUUAGACACACGUGAUUUAGACGUCUUUAGUUUAACGCCGUGCAGCAGAGGUAACGCGCCGUUAGACGCUCGCCGUAGUCCUGGAAACUAAAAGUAUUCAUUACAUUUACAAUUGUGCCAUAAACACGCCAGAUCAAUGUUUCGCUGUUGAAAGGUCAGUUUUUAUAUUUUAUCUUUUUGUAUUCAGUUAAAGAUUUAGUUUUUUUUCUACUGUAAACGUGGGGAUCAAUGAUGCAUAUCACAGCUUCGAACUUUACCUAGCAACAAGUGACGGGAUCAAAAUCCGAUUGGGUGAAAACCCCUGACUCCUGAAAGCUCUUAUCCAAUCAGACACCCAGACAUAUCUGUGUUCUCUAAGUAAAAAUCUGUUUUAAAGAUGCACUGGAUCAUCGCCAUCGUCACCUUCAUCCCCACCUUUUUGCCAAAUGUAGUUUUUGUUGUGAAAAUGGGCAUUUUUAUCCUGUUUUUUUUUGGUUUGUUUUUAUACUUUUGCCAUGACUAUUCCGUUGUGUUGAUGUAAAAAAAUGAGGAAGAAGUUGGAAAGAAAAAGUAAAAGAGAGAGAGAAAAAGACCAACUCAAGGCAGCUACGUACGAGUGACUACUGUAAAAUGACUAACUAAUAAAGAAGCAAUGGUUCCUUUUUA